AAAAUGAAUGUUUUCCUUUUCCAUAACGAAAUCAGCGGCACUUCAAAGGAAAGCAAGAAGUUUUCUCUUCUGAUCAUCCCCUCGUUAGUCAUUACCUCCCUCUCUCCCUCCUGAAAGAUUCAAAAGCUAUACUUUUUAAUUUUUCUUUGUUUCAAAUCUUACUUUUUUUUUUUUUAACUCAUUGAAUGCUCCCUUUAUCGAUGGAAGAUGGUCAAUGGAAAGGCCCACUUCUCCUCACUGACGUUUCUCAGCAGGAACAGAGUUGUAACUACGAUUAUAGGCAAGAACGGAGCUUUGACACUGCAAACAUGGCGGAUCCUGAUGAUUCUCAUCCUGACACUAUUGAUGGUCGCUCCAUGCUGGGAUUUUCACUAACAUCCCCGGAUUUGGUAAUCUGUGCUAGUUCACCUGAUAUCUCUUGCAAUGGAUACGAAGACACCCCAGAAUAUCUAAAGAAUAAAAAUGAAAGAAACGGUUUCGCAUCAGUGGAGCUAUCUCUAGAGGAAGGCAUCACUGGGCUAGAAACUGGAGAGAACUCUGAAUCCCCAACUAGGAAGAUAUUAGCUUUUUCCCCAGAGGUGCAGACUACUAAUAUAGAUAUGGUUCCUGAGGCUUCCCUCGAGCUAUUUAUGAAGUCAACCACUCAAAACAAGUGUCCAAGGACUUACCUUCCUGUGCUAAGCAUAAAUGCAGGAGGAGAUGCUGUAACUUCUAAUGGGUUUGGUUUCCUAGAGGACAUGUUUUUCACUGGUGGCAAUGUUAUCAGAACAGAUGCAGUAAUUGAAGAUGGCAACGAAUGUCUAGCACUGUACCAGAGUGCUCGGUGUGGCAAUUUCUCAUAUAAAGUUCAGAACUUUGAGCCUGGAAAUUACUUUGUUGAUUUGCAUCUAGCAGAGAUUAUAUUCACAGAUGGCCCUCCAGGGAUGAGAGUCUUUGAUGUCUUUAUACAGGAGGAGAAGGUAGUUUCUGAAAUUGACAUUUAUGCUCGGGUGGGCUCAAAUAAGGUUCUGCUUUUAUCUGAUUUAAAAGCUAUUGUCCAUGGCAAAGAGGGUCUAUCCAUCAGAUUUGAAGGAGUAAUAGGAACUCCCAUUGUGUGUGGACUUUCCAUAAGGAAAGAUUGUUUGGCAGGCUCAGGGGAGAUGAAAAUUUUUGAAGACAAAGAAUCAUCUCGAACAGGAGAUUAUAAAGAAUUGGAAGAUUGUAAUGACUUCAAAUGUAACAUUAAUGAAGAUUGGGAGCUGCGGAGAAAAUUUGAGUUGCAGUGUAAAGAAUUAACAGAAACCAAAAAAACAUUGGAAGAGACUAAAAGGGAGAAUGAACUGAAAAGCAAAGAAUGCCAAGAAGCUUGGAUAUCUCUUCAUGAGCUCCGAAAUGAGCUCAUGCGCAAGUCCAUGCAUGUUGGAUCUUUAGCUUUUGCCAUUGAGGGACAAGUGAAGGAAAAGAGUCGAUGUUUCUCAUCCCUUAGAGACUUGACUAGGAAACUCAAGAUUCUGAAAAUGGAGCACAUCACGUUGUCAGAAGAAGCAUCAGAAUAUAAGAAAUGCCUUACAGAUAUGACCCAAAUCACCAAUAUCAUCCAGUCUAAAAUGAAUCAGCAUGUGGUCACAGAAAAAGAGUUGAACGAGGUCAAGCUUAAAUUCAUUGAAGGUGCGAAGGAACGGAAAGAGCUUUAUAACAAAGUCCAAGAACUGAAAGGGAACAUAAGAGUUUUUUGCAGGUGUAGACCUCUGAACAAUGAAGAAAUUGCUGGAGGAGCUACAAUGGCUAUUGAUUUUGAAUCUGCCAAAGAUGGAGAGCUUACAGUCAAAGGGAAUGGAGCAUCCAAGAAGGUUUUCAAGUUUGAUUCUAUCUUUACGCCACAAGCAAACCAAGCUGAAGUGUUUGAGGAAACAGCCCCCUUGGCAACGUCAGUUUUAGAUGGGUACAAUGUCUGUAUAUUUGCAUAUGGGCAGACAGGAAGUGGCAAGACAUUCACAAUGGAGGGGACAGAAGAAUCACGGGGAGUCAACUACAGAACCCUUGAAGAGCUGUUUCGUAUUAUCAAGGAUCGACAAGGACUUUUCCAAUAUGAAAUUUCUGUUAGUGUCUUAGAAGUCUAUAAUGAGCAGAUAAGAGAUUUGUUGGUGCCAGGGUCUCAAGCAGGUGUCACCGUAAAGAGGCUUGAAAUAAGGCAAGUUGCAGAAGGAAUCCAUCAUGUUCCAGGAGUUGUUGAAUCCCAUGUAAACAACAUGAAUGAGGUCUGGGAAGUUCUACAGACGGGCAGCAGUGCUAGGGCUGUUGGCUCAACUAAUGCAAAUGAACACAGUAGCCGAUCCCACUGCAUUCACUGUGUGAUGGUGAAGGGGGAAAACUUGAUAAAUGGGGAAUGCACAAGAAGCAAAUUAUGGCUCGUUGACCUAGCUGGAAGUGAGAGAAUAGCGAAGACAGAUGUUCAAGGAGAGCGCCUAAAGGAAACACAAAACAUUAACAGAUCUCUUUCUGCACUUGGCGAUGUUAUAUCUGCCCUUGCAACCAAAAGUUCUCAUAUUCCAUUCAGGAAUUCCAAGCUCACACACUUGCUUCAAGAUUCGUUAGGUGGGGAUUCAAAGACACUGAUGUUUGUACAGAUCAGCCCCAAGGAGAAUGACCUGAGUGAGACUUUAUGCUCACUGAACUUUGCAAGCAGAGUGAGAGGAAUAGAGCUUGGUCCAGCCAAGAAACAAUUAGACAGCACUGAGCUUGUGAAAUACAAACAGAUGGUUGAGAAGGCCAAGCAAGAUAUAAAGAGCAAAGAAGUGUUAAUAAAGAAAAUGGAAGAGACAGUUCAUGGUCUAGACAUGAAGGUGAAGGCAAGAGAUCUCAAUAAUAAGAACCUACAAGACAAGGUGAAAGAGUUGGAAUCACAACUUCUUAUAGAAAGAAAACUUGCAAGGCAGCAUGUGGACACAAAAAUAGCAGAGCAGCAUCUGCAGUUGCAACAACUAGAAGAGCAACAAAUUGCUUGUAUGAAGCCUCCACAGGCAACACGAGUGUUUGGAAACCAGAAGAUUGCCAAUGAACCAGCUAGUUCAUUGGGUAAAGCUGUCAUGAAUCUUGUCAGACCACUCACUGAUAACAACUCCAAACCUACAACGGCCCCUCCUCCAACUGAUACCUUUUUCAGGUACAGCAAUCCUGCUGAGAAAGAAAACAGACCUGAGAUGUCUGAACAAUCACCACCACUACAAAAAAGAAGUGGCAGAGCUUCCAUUUGCACUACUACACGCCGGAUUCCACUGGUACCAGCCCCUAGACGUAAUUCACUAAUCCCAUUACCUUCUACACCAAGCGUGGCCACAUUGCCAUCACCAUUAUUACCUAUGCUACCAUUCCAAGCUGACCCCAUCAAAGAAGAUACAGAAGAAAGUGAAGAUAGCUUGCCAGACCAGACACCACACAUUCUCAAGGGACAGAAAAGUGGGGGUACUAAGAAGGUGAGCAGCAUAUUGAGAAGAAGCCUUCAAAAGAAGAUUUACAUAAAAUCCCCAAUGCAGCACCGAAGGGUGGGAGCAAAUGGAGGGUUGGAGAAAGUGCGUGUAUCGAUUGGGAGUAGGGGGAAAAUGGCUCAGAGAGGGCUGGUCAGUAAUGCCACCAGGGCAGGAAAGGAAGUACAGCAAAAGCAGAGCCAACAGGAAAAGGAGAGGGGUUGGAAUAUUGGCAGUGGUGGAGCCAAGUUGGGGGUGGGCAGGGGGCAUGCUCCCCCUGUAAUCUGAACAUGUUUAUACAUGGGUAGUGAGUGGGCUGAUUUACCUGAUACAAAAGUGUCAUCCAUUUCUCUUCCACUUGUUUUUCUGAACUCCAAAUUGUUAAUGUAAAUUCUUAAUUGUAACUAAUCAAGUGGAUUUCUCUCUUUUAAAAGAAGAAAAAAAAAGUGUGCAUUAAAAUCUCC